CACAAAAAAUUUGGUUUUAAAGGUUGGAUUUAAAACGAUAGAAAUCAUUGCUGAGUAUUCGCGACCUUUUUCCAAAGUGUCUAGUGAAUUUAAUACAUCAAAUCCAGGGUUAUUUACUGAUUAAUAUCGGGACAUUUUCGGUUUUUUGUUUGACUUUUACUCUUAAAAAAUGUGUUUUCUAUACCCUAAAAGUAAAUAUACAAAUAGUCCAUUCAAGUAGUUUUAAGAAACUGGUUACAAAGUGUUCUGCGUUUUCAGAGCUUUUUAAAAAAUUAAUCUUAAUUUUAGGGUUCUCAAGGCCACUUGUUCCAAUUUAGAGCUUGAAGGUUGUGCUUUGGGGAGUUUUUUUUCUAUUUGUGCUUCUGCUGAGGGAAAGCUUUCGCAUCCAAACUCGCUCCCAGUGUCUCUGUCCGCUUUGUGUUAUCGGAGUGUAUGUUUCAGCAUGGGUGCUUUUCCAACUUCCGUGGAAUGUAAAUGCAAGAAAAUGGAUUACGUGUAUAGGAAGUAACAGCUAUCGACAUUAUAAAUAUUUUUCAUAAGACUCACUUCGAUAUUUGAGACAUUGUAAAGUAGUAUUAACAGAUUAAUUAAAGUGAGUCUGACCACGUCAUUCCUGUUUGUUGAAGUCAUACCUCAUUGUAAAAUUACAUGGUUUAAAAAAACACGAUAUUUUCUGUGGUUUGACAAAAGCGCUGCUUAAGUAUCAGUACAGCUUAUUUACUUAUUUACUUUUAACCGAAUAAAGGGAAACGGCUAUACAAUGCUACCGUAGUUAUUCUAUCAUCUUUAUUGGCGUUAAUUUGUUAUGAUCUCGUUGCCUUAGUUUUCCAACCCUUUAUAGUGACGUCACAUAUGACGUUUUAUGUUCUUUUAUUACACGCUAAGGAUCCGAUCACCAAGAAGACAUGUCAACUGCUUCGCAAGAUUGGAUCACAACUCACGCCUACACAUAUCGCACAUCGGACAUCCCGCCAGGUUACACUGGAUACAUGCCACAACAACGAUUUUCAUACGGAGACACAUACGGUAACACGACGGCCGCUCAUUUUCAAGCACGUAGAAACCAUGUCUUAUUAUCAGGUGCGAUGCAAACUGCCAAAGAGUCCGAACCAUCCCUGGUAAAGUUUCCCACUGUGUAUUCAAACGACCCGUCUCUUGUUCUGGCUGAACGGAAAAGGUCACGUGAACGAUGGAUGGCAGCGCUUAGAUACGAAUUGAGUGAAAAAGAAAUGGAAAAUUUUCUGAAGGUAAACCUGAGUAAUGAGUAAAGUUUUCUUUGUAAUACUUUUGUGUGCCUAAUAAUCGAUUAUUUUUUUAAGUCAAAUUCCCACUUUCCCCGAAGCACGAUGAUUUUUAGGGACUGUACGACUGCUUCUUCGACUGAAAUUUCCUUUAUUUGACAGUACCAAUAACCUGGGUAAUGUAUUUCAUAUACAUAUAUAUACAGGAGAAACGUGUAUGGACUUUUUUUCCGAAAGCAGCACUUAUUAUCAAAGUCUCGCUAUAUAAAAGAAAACACAUUUAGGUAUGCACGCAAAGGUCAAUAUUC